AUGUCCUCCCCCCAAGGUGAAGAGGUCGCGGCCUUUGCUCCUGUCGAGCCGGCAGAGAGUACCAAAGAUAAUGAGAAGGCAGUAGCAUUUGAGGACAAUGAGUCUGCCUUGAAGGCUCUCAGCGCCACCGUCCGCGAUCAAGAUGACCUCGAGCGCGACAUCUCCCACCAGGCCAGCGUGGCUCUCCUGGAACUCGAGGAAAACAAAGACAACAACCGCAUCUCACGGGCAACAGCUAGAAAGUUGAAGUUCAUGGACCAGAAACAGGCCCAGCAACAAAAAUUGGUCAAUGCGCGGGGCAAGCCGACUUUGCAAGCCACCAUUCAGAAGGAGAUUGCCCGAAUCGAUGCCGAGAUCGAGUUGAUAGAAAAGGAUAUCGCAGAUAUCACCGCUCGUAUAGAGGAACGACGCCAGGCUGGACCGGACAAGCCAGUCGCCACGGACUCGGCCAAGGGCAGACUCCCCGGCGAGUCUCACCGAGAUUUCCUCAUCCGCACCGGCAAGAUUACUCCCUUCACAAAGAUUGGAGGUUCGCGAGAGGGUAUUGUUGGCGACCUUGCAAAUGCUAUCGUCGAUGCUGAGGACGAGGCCGUGGCUGAAGACAUCGAGCAUGAGCUGGCGGCGGAUCAGAUCCGUUCUCACCGAAAUCUUCGGGUACCUGGUUUCGCUGAAGAGGAGGACGACGAUCUCGGUUCGGGUGCUGUAGCGAGCGAGUUUUCACUCCGACCUCGCAAGAAGCGCAAAACUCAGAGACAGGCUGAUUCGUCUGACGAGUUCGAGCCAGCAUCGGCGGGUUCUCCUGAGUCGAUACUCACAAGUCCGUCUGAGGACUAUGACAUGACUGAUAUCACCCGGACCAAAGCACGGAAGCGACCAAAAAGUUCUAAAGCUACAGAGGAUGCCGAGGGCACUAUUGAUUUCAGUAAGAUCGACGACGGCAACGAGUCGGCAUACCGGCGACGUUUGGCAGAUUGGAUUGAGCGCAGGAGCCGCGCCAGGCGGCGCAGACAAGAGCGUGACGGUCUUGCUGCGGGGAAUGAUGAUGACGAAAAGGAGUGGUUCAAGCCCUCGCCGGAUCAGCCCGACCAUCAAUUUGAGGGCGGCCUCAAGUUGCCUGGGGACAUCUACCCAUCCCUAUACGAUUAUCAGAAGACUGGUGUCCAGUGGCUAGGGGAACUCUUUGAUCAGAAGGUCGGGGGCAUUGUCGGCGAUGAGAUGGGCCUUGGCAAGACUAUCCAAAUCAUCUCCUUUCUUGCGGCUCUACACUACAGCAAGAAGUUGACCCGGCCUACCCUCAUCGUGGCUCCUGCCACCGUGCUUCAGCAGUGGGUGGAGGAAUUCCACAAGUGGUGGCCGCCCAUGCGAGUAUCCAUUCUACAUUCUUCUGGCAGUGGCAUGUUGAAUGUUCGCAACGAGGGUCAUUUUGAAGAUGACGACAUGCUGGAAGAGGGAGUCAAACCUACAAAGUCGAGCAAGUCUGCCAAGAAGAUCGUCGAUCGUGUGCUCCAGCAUGGUCACGUCCUGGUCACCACGUACGCAGGUCUUCAGACGUAUGGAGACGUGCUGAUACCUGUCGAGUGGGACUAUGCCGUGUUGGAUGAAGGACACAAGAUCCGGAAUCCGAACACGGCAGUCACCAUUCUGUGCAAGGAGCUUCUCACCCCUAACCGGAUCAUCCUGUCGGGCACUCCCAUGCAAAACAACCUGAUCGAGCUCUGGUCUAUUUUUGACUUUAUCAAUCCGAUGCGUCUGGGAUCUCUCGUAGCCUUCCGCAACCAGUUCGAAGUGCCCAUCAGAUUGGGUGGAUACGCCAAUGCGACCAAUGUGCAGGUCAUGACGGCGCAGAAGUGCGCCGAGACGUUGAAGGAUGCCAUCAGUCCGUAUCUUCUGAUGCGCAACAAGAACGAUGUCGCAGCAGAUUUGCCAAAGAAGCGUGAGCAGGUCCUCUUCUGCGGCUUGACAAAAUGGCAACAGAAUGCCUACGAGGUCUUUCUCAGGUCUGAGGAAGUGAGUGCCAUCCUAAAGAAGACGCGGAAUUCGUUGUAUGGCAUCGAUCACCUGAGGAAGAUCUGCAAUCACCCUGACCUGGUAUAUCCAAAUCUCAAGAAGCGGACGGACUAUAAGUGGGGCGCAGCCAAUAAGUCGGGCAAGAUGCAAGUGACCAAGUCCCUUGUGACAAUGUUCAAGCGUCUUGGCCACAAGACGCUGCUCUUCAGCCAGAGUGUUCAAAUGCUGGAUAUUCUGGAAGCAUUCGUUCGCGGCCAGGAUGGCAUUGGUUACGUCCGCAUGGAUGGAAAAACUGCUGUCAAGGAGAGACAGAGGCUUGUCGAUCAAUUCAAUAAUGACCCAAAAGUUGACCUCUUCCUCCUGACCACUAAAGUUGGUGGCCUGGGGGUCAACCUCACAGGUGCUAACAGGGUCAUUAUAUAUGAUCCCGACUGGAACCCAUCGACCGAUAUACAGGCUCGUGAGAGGGCCUGGCGCCUUGGUCAGAAGAGGGAAGUUAGUAUCUACCGCCUCAUGACGGCCGGCACUAUCGAGGAGAAGAUUUACCAGCGACAAAUCUGGAAGCAAGUCAUGGCCAACAAAGUCUUGAAAGAUCCUACACAGCGCGCGUCGCUUAACGAGAGCGACCUACAAGACUUGUUCAGUCUCGGCACCGACCACUCCAAUGGUACCGAGACAGGUCGGAUCUUCAAGGGCAUCCGGAACGAGAAAGCUGAAGAGGACAAAGAGCUUCAAGGGAUUGAUGGCGUUGCCGGCCUCGAGGAGUACAAAGUGGACGAAGAAGGGGGCGUCGCAAAUCAAGAGGAGGACCGCAUCAUGGCCGGCAUCUUCUCCAAGGGGGUCCACGAAGCUCUUGAGCAUGACGAGGUCAUGAGUGGCGUCAACGGCAAAAAGGCUGUCCGACCUGACCGCGCCAUCCUGCAGCGAGAGGCGGACCGUGUAGCUGGGGAAGCCGCCCAACACCUACGUCGCUCCGGUCAGCAAGCAGAAAAUGUUCCCAUUGGCACGGUCACCUGGACAGGCGAAGUUGGCGAGGCGGGACGCCCACGCCAGAUACAAGCUGGUCGAGCUCGCGUCGGAGGUCUCUCAUCCGGUGUGCUCUCGGGGAUUAGGGGCCGCCAGGGCAUCGCCGGAGGGAGCGCGAGCAGCUCGCGGUCAGUGACGCCGACGUCGUCGAGGCGGCCGCUGGGAGUCAAGGACUUCAAGGAAAUGAUCCCACCCUUUCUCCGGCUUCAUGGUGGCAAGGCGCCAAGCAAGGUCCUGGUGGACCAUUUCAACCCCCAUUGCCAGACCAAGAAGUCCAUUGACGCAUUCAGGGCGGCGUUGGACGUGGUGGCAAAGCUCGAGCAGCGGGGAAGUAGUAGUAUGCGGUCGAUCUGGGCGUUGAAGCCAGAUUACAAAUAA